UUUUCAAAUAAUGUGUGGUGGGCUUGAUAUAUAUAAGAAGUGAAAAUAUGCCCGUUCUAAGAUUUUUUAGAAAAAAAAUGGCCGUUGGUGAUGGUUUCCAUGUGUUUAAAUCAGACCAAUCAUACUGAAUAUCCUUCGCCUGCCUGCCCCUUUGUAUCUUUGAAUCCGUUUCUUUCUUUCUCAGUAUCUCUUUCUUUGAUCUUUUUAAUUUCAAAACUAUACUUGCAGAUCAGUUUCUUCUCUUGCUUCACUUUGGAUCUGCAAAGGCGCUUCCUCUCCUUCCCACAUCGACUUCUUCUAAAUUAAGAAUCUUGAAGCUGCGUAAGGUUGACUCUAGAGAUGCACAUAUUCAGUUCUUUUAUAUGGAAGUGGUGCAUUGGUUGCUGUGUGGUUGGCACCAGCAAUUGUCAAUGCUGUGGAUUCUAUUCCUUUGGUGGUCUGUUGUUGCUGAUGGAACUAGCAUGUCUAUUAAGAGGUGUAUUGGAUGACACUUUAGAAGCCGUCUGAAGAAGAUGAGGUGAUAUACAGUUUGGAACAUAAGAUGUUGAAUCAAGGGGUGCAGCCUGCAGUUUGGUGUGCAACCAAAAUUUUACUAUUUUUUGGGUUGAUCUAUAAUGAUUUGGAGAGAAUAUACAGGGGAAAAUCAUCACAAAGUAGGAAUUGGGGUAUGCAGCUUUAUCUUUUUGACAAGCAACCAUGGAAAAUGAAGGAUAAUAUCUACUCCUUUAGAGUAUGCAACUUUUGUUAUGGUGGUCAGAGAAUGCAAUCUUGGCAUAGGAGGACUACUGGUCGUACAGGGCAUUCCACAAAAGGGCAAUUGACUUUGGAAGAGGAUGAGAUAUUGCGGAAGACUCUUCAAUGAUUCAAGGGAAAGAACCGGAAGAAAAGUGCGGAAUGUUUCAUGGACUGGACAAUUGUGCAGUGCUUACACACGGUGUGUUUUGCUAUCUCUUGGGACUCGAAAAAUGUACAGUGCUUACGCAUGGUGUGUUUUGCUAUCUCUUGCGGAAUGUUUCAAGGACCGCGGAAUGUUUCAAGGACUGGUCUGUACGGUACACACAUGGUCUAUAUACGCAUGGUGUGAAUAUGAAAGUUUGUGUGUGUUGCUAUCUCUUGCGGAAUGUUUCAAGGACUGGUCUGUACGGGGAAAAUCAUCACAAAGUAGGAAUUGGGGUAUGCAACUUUAUCUUUUUGACAAGCAACCAUGGAAAAUGAAGGAUAAUAUCUACUCCUUUAGAGUAUGCAACUUUUGUUAUGGUGGUCAGAGAAUGCAAUCUUGGCAUAGGAUGAGAUAUUGCGGAAGAGUCUUCAAUGAUUCAAGGGAAAGAACCAGAGGAAAAUUGCAGAAUGUUUCAGGGACUGGACAAAUGUACAGUGCUUACACAUGGACUGGUCUGUACACACAUGGUGUGAAUAUCGAAGUUUGUGUGUUUUGCUAUCUCUUGUGGAAUGUUUCAAGGACUGGACAAAUGUACAAUGCUUACAUAGGUGGCAGAAAGUCUUGAAUCCAGAACUUAGUAGGAAUAACUUAUCUAGUUGUUGUAGCAGAUUUUAAGGAGAUAUUGUAGAAAACAUAUAAAGCUAAUGAUGUUAGCUUUUUAGGUAGGGAAUGCGACUUCUGAUAAUUUACAUUAGCUCUAAUGAUAAAAGGGGAAAAAUCUUGCACAACUUUAAGUAGAAAUACAAGUGUGAGAAGGACACGCAUACGAGCGAAGAUGUGGAAGCGACAUUAGCUCAAAGGUUGGAGAUAGGAGAGUUAAUGGAGGUUGCGAGAGUCAAAGUAUAUGAAGCCUUUACCUUCACUGGUAGAAAAUAGAGAUACGAAGCCAAAGUGAGGAUCACAUUUUGCCUAUAUUCAAGAAUAAGAAUAUGAGACCUUUCUAACAAAUUAUGUUCCUUCAACAUCAAAGUUUGUUAUUUAGGUUCACACCAUUGGAGAAUAACUAUUUUUAUUUCGAACUAUGUAAGGUUCACACAACUAGGUUUAUGAUAUAUUUAUUCGGUUUAUGGUAUAUUUAUAAGGAAGAACAUUUAUUUUUAUGCGGACAUCAAGCAUGUGGAGAAGGUUGAUAACAAGCCAACUUUAAGGAUGGCAAGGGAAAAAUCUUACAUGAUUGGUAAGUAGAAAUACAAUUGUGAGGAGGACACACACAUAUAGCCAAGACGAGGAUGGGACAUUAACUUUAAGGUAGAGAGAAGAGUUCGUGGAGGCUUUUAGGACUCGAAGUAAACCUUCACUGGUAUCAAAUAGAGAUUCAAGUAUAAAGACAAAGGCGACACGAAUCCAAACUGAGGAUGAGGACGUUGGAAUAGCGUAAGGAUGUGAAUAUAAACUAUAAGAAGAAGAAGGAUAGCAAACCAAGGUGAGGAGGUCAUAUUAGCUAUAAUGAUGGAAGGGAAGAAUCUUCCACAACUGGUAAGAAGAAUACAAGUGUGAGGAGGACAUGCAUACGAAACCAUAUUAGCUAUAAUGAUGGAAAGGGAGAAUCUUCCACAAUUGGCAAGAAGAAUACAAGUGUGAGGAGGACAUGCAUACAAACCAAGAUGCGGAAGUGACAUUAGUUCUAAGGAUGCUGAAAGGUUUUCAUUUAGACUUUCAAGACUCUAAGCAUGAGACUUUCACUAGUAUCAAAUAGGGAUUUAAGAGACAAGGGGGCAUACGAAUCCAAAAUAUGGAUGAGGAUGUUGAACUAAGAUUCAAGCAUGAGAACCAAGAGGAUAUGAAAUUAAAAUGAGAAUUAGUACGUUGAAUUAACUCAAAGAUUGUAAACAGAAAAUAACCUAUUAAGAUUUUAUAAUAAUUUACUCGAAUGCCAAAUAUGAGGAGGGUAAUAGCCAAGAUGAGGAGACUACAUUAGCUCUAAGGAUGGAAAAGGGAAAAUCUUGCUCGAUUGAUAAGUAGAAUACAAGUGUGAGGAGGGCACUUAUACGAAGCCAAAUUUUGGAUGCGACAUUAGCUCAAGGAUUGUAGAGAGAAAAAUUCAUUUAGGCUUUUUAGACACCAAAAAUGAAACCUUUAUUAGUAUCAAACAGAGAUUCAAGUAUAAGCAUCAAGUAUGAGUAGUAGGAAGACAACAAGUCGAGAUGAGGUGCCAACCAUAUUUGCUCUAGGUAUAGAAAGGGAAAGGGAAAGGGGAAAAAAAUAGUUUAACUAUUUUUUAAACUUCGAUAAAAUUUCAUUAUAAUUUUUUUCAUUAUACAAUUUUAGUCAAAAAUCUAAGUUAAUACUAGUUUUACUAUUGUCUUGAAAAAUUAGUUUAUCUAUUUUUUAAACAUUGAUAGAAUUUUACCAUAAUUUCUUUAAUUAUACAUUUUUAGCCAAAAAUCCAACUUAAUACUAGUUUUACCCUUGUUUUCAACUUUAAGAACUCUAAGCAACUCUUGAGGCUAUUCCAAACAGAUAUUCGAUUGUUGUUUCAAAAUCUUGCAUGACUCGUAAGUAGAAAUACAAUUGUGAGGAGAACACACACAUACGGAGCCAAGCUGUAAAUGUGACAUUAGCUUUAAGGUUGUGGAGAAAAUAUUUCAUAGAGGCUUUUAGGACUUGAAGUAUGGAACCUUCACUGGUAUCAAACAAAAAUUCAUGUAUGAGGACAAGGGCAACACAAAGCCAAACUAAGGAUAGGGGCGUCGAAUUAACAAAAUGGUUAUCGAAAGAAAAAUUGCCUUUUAAGAUUUUAUAAUAAUGCAAGGACGUGAAUAUGAAGUAUAAGCAGGAGGACAAGCAAACUUAGAUGAGGAGUUUAUAUGAGCUUUAAUUAUGGAAAGGGAAAGUUUUGCAAGACUGAUAAGAAGAAUACAAGUGUGAGGCGAAUACUCAUACGAAGCCGAGAGGAGGAUGCGACAUUAGCUCUAAGGUUUGCAGAGAGUUCAUUUAGGUUUUUAGGAUUUGAAGUAUGAGACCUUUAAGGACGCGAGCAUCAAGUAUGAGGAGGCCACAUUUGCUCUAAGGAUAAUAGAAAACAAAAAUCUUGCACGACUAGAAAGUAGGAAUUACAAAAAUGAGGACACACAUAGGAAGCCAAGAUGAAGAUGUGAUAUUAGCUCUAAGGUUGUAUAAAGAAGAGUUCAUGGACGUUUUUAGGACUCAAAGUAUGAAACGUUCACUUGUAUCAAAUAGAGGUUCGAGUAUAACGACUAAAGUGACACGAAUCCAAACUAAGGAUGAGAACGUUGAAUUAACUCAAUGGUUAUUGAAAGAAAAAUAGCCGAUUAAGAUUUUAUAAUAAUGUAAGGAUGAUAAUAUCAAGUAUAAGGAGAAGUAGGAGCCCAUGAUAGUUUUAAUGAUAGGAAGGGAAAAUCUUGCACGACUGGUAAGAAAAAUACAAGUGUGAGGAUACACAUUCGAAGCAAAGAUAAGGAUGCGAUAUUAGCUCUUAGGUUGUGUUAAGAAGAGUUCAUUUAGGCUUUUAGGCCUAAAGUAUGAAAACUUUAAAGAUGCAAACAUCAGGUAUGCGAAGGCUGAUAACAAGCCAAAUUUAAGGAUGGAAAGGGAAAUUCUUACAUGACUUGUAAGUAGAAAUACAAAUGUGAGAGGAACAUACGCAUACGAAGCGAGGAUGCGAUAUUAGUUAUAAGGUUAUGGAGAAAAGAGUUUAUGGAGGCUUUUAGGACUCGAAUUAUGAAACCUUCACUAGUAUCAAAUAUGAGGACAAGAGCAACACGAAUCCAAAUUGAGGAUGAGGACGUUGAAUUAACUCAAUGGUGUUAUCAGAAGGAAAACAACCUAUUAAAAUUUUAUAAUAUUAUAAGGAUGUGAAUAUCAAGUAUAAGGAGGAGGAUAAGCAAGCCAAGAUAAAGAGGUCAUAUGAAUUCUAAUGAUGGAAAGGGAAAGUCUUGCACGACUAGUAAGAAGUAUACAAGUGUGAAGAGGACACGUAUACGAAGCCAUGAUGUGGAUUCGACAUUAGCUAUAGGGUUGUGGAAGGAAGAGUGCAUUUGGGCUUUUAAGACUUGAAGUAUAAGACCUUUAAGGACGUGUACAUCAGGUAUGUGGAGAAGGUUCAUGGCAAGCCAAGUUUAAGGAUGGAAAGGGAAAAUCUUAUCUGACUCAUAAGUAGAAAUACAUGUGUGAGGAGAAUUCUCGCAUACAAAGCCAAAAUGAGGAUGCGACAUUAGCUCUAAGGUUGUGGAGAAAAGAGUUCGUAAAGGCUUUUAGGACUCAAAGUGUGAAACCUUCACUGGUAUCAGACAAAGAUUCAAGUAUGAGGAUAAGGGUUCCAAACUUAGGAGUAGGACGUUGAAUUAACUCAAUGGUUAUUAAAAAAAAAACAAGCUAUCAAAAUUUUAUAAUAAUAUAAUGACGUGACUAUCAAGGAUAAGGAGGAGGAUGAGCAAGCCGAGAUGAGGAGGCCAUAUGAGCUCUAAUGAUGGAAAGGGAAAGUCUUGAACGACUGGUAAGAGGAAUACAAGUGUGAAGGGGACAUGCAUAUGAAGCUAAGAUGAUGAUGUGACAUUAGCUCUAAGGUUGUAGAGAGAAGAGUUUAUUUGAGCUUUUAGGACUCUUUAACUAUGAGACCUUAAGGAUGCAAAUAUCAUGUAUGUGGAGAAGGUUGAUGACAAUCCAACUUUAAGGAUGGUAAGGGAAAAUCUUACAUGAAUCGUAAGUACAAAUAUAUAGCAAAGAUGAGGACACUUUUAGGGCUAGAAAUAUGAAACCUUCACUAGUAACAAAUACAGAUACAGGUAUGAGGACAAGGGCAACAUGAAUCCAAACUGAGGAUGAGGACGUCGAAUAAACUCAAUGGGUAUCAAAUGAAAAAUAGUCUAUUAAGAUUUUCUAAUAAUAUAAGGACGUGAAUAUCAAAUAUGAGGAGGAGGAUAAGCAAGCCAAGAUAAGGAGACCAUAUGAGCUCAAUCGAUAGACAGGGAAGGUCUUACAUGAUUGGUAAGAAGAAUACAAAGCCAAGAUGAGGAUGUGACAUUAGCUCUAAGGUUGUAGAGAGAAGAGUUCAAAUAGACUUUCAAGACUCGAAGUAUAAGACCUUCAUUGGUAUAAAAUAGAGAUUAAGGAAUAAGGAUACAGGGGGAUACAAAACCAAAAUAGGGAUGAAGAUGUUAAUUUAACUCAAACAUUGUAAACAAAUAUAGGACCUUCAUUGGUAUAAAAUUUUCAUAAGGUUGACCAGGUAGCUCGGUUGGUUUUGGAUGCAGCUAGUCGUACCACUUAUGUAAGUGGUAGGUCCUAAGCUGGCCGUCCUACCAAAUAUACACCAAAUAAGUGAUGAGUCAGGUCCUAGGUUAACUGACCUAAAAAUUUCACACUAAGUGGUACACUGGUCGGUUAGCCUACCACAUGAAAAUUUUCUAAAUUUUCACAAUUUCUUUUUUUAGAUAUUUGAACAGGAAACAUAGAUUCAACUUAAUCUAAUGUAUUUUUUUUUUAUAAAAUAAACAGUAGCAUUUAGAUCUAUACUUUGAGGAAAGCAAGUUUGUUGCAUGGAUUUGAUGAAUUUACGUACUUUUCAAAGAGUAGCCAAAUGUAUUUGCCUUAGGUUCUUAAAGUUGAAGAGGAGGGUAAAACAUGUAUUAAAAGUUUAGGGUUUAUUAAGGGCGAAAUUCAAUUUUUUAUCUGAAUUAUGUAAGGACGCAAGUAUUAAGUAUGUCGAGAAAGUGGACAACAAGCUAAGAUAAGGAAGCAUGUAGGACUUGUAAGUACAAAUAAAAGUGCGAGGAGGACAUGUGUACGAAACCAAGGUAAGGAUGUGACAUUUGCUCCAAAGUUGUGGAGAGAAAAGUUCAUGUAGGCUUUUAGGUAUCAAACAGAGAUUCAAGAAUAUGGAGAAGGGGGAUUCGAAGCCAAAGUGAGGAUGAGGACAUUAAAUGAACUCAAAAGUUGCAAAAA